AUGUUCAACACCAUAUCCUUUUCUUCGGUUUGUGAUGAGAACCAUGUCUUUGGUUUGAGAACAUUCUCUUCGUAUGUUUGGUCAGAAAUGAUUCGAUGGAUUUCAUCUGCAAAUUCCUGGAUGGAUUUUCUUUUUCAUGGACCAACCAUGUCUUCUUCGGAUCAUGGUGUGACUUUACAGUUCUCUGAAUCUCUGAAAACAUCAUCUUAUUCUUUAAAUAAUUUCCAAAAUUUUGUUCAACAAGAUCCAAAUCCGUCGAAUCCUUCAUUCGGGACUGUGAACUCAGUAUUACAAAAUAAUGUGGCAUUCAAUAAUGAAAUUUUACGAGCAGAUCAACCCUUUGUUUCUAUUGUUUCAUGGGUCAUGUGGGGACUUUUUACAAUAUACACAUUUGUGACAAUUGUGACAUACUUUUUUAGAAGAAACAAACAACCCAUCAAGGCGAGAUCAUCCUUUUUCGUUUUUAUUUUAAUACUAGCUCACUAUUUUUCAUUUUCGAUAUUGUCACUGCGUUUGGCUGUUGGAAGAGAGGUUUUUCCUUGUGCACUGUAUUUGAGUUUUCAAUUUUAUGGAUUUCCAUUGAUCGCAAUUCCUUACUUGGUGCUGUGUAUUCGAUUGUAUUAUAUUUCAGAAAUGAAUCGAUUACAAGGUGAUUCUUUUAAAGAUCAUUUAGUCUCAAUGGGUGUUGAUUUGUUAUUGGAAAACAAAUCAUCGUCUUCCUCUUCAGAUGGAGAAAAUGGCUCAGUAUCCAAAACGACAACAACAACUUCUCGAAAUUUACAAGUUGGAGUGUCAAAUUCCUCUUCUGGAAAUUUAGAAAAGCAGAAUUCUGAUCUCUCUUCCUCCUCGCCGAUGACGGCUGCAAUCAUACGAACGAAGAGCAGUUUGAAGGCAAAAGUGAAAGAAGCACUGCACUUGACAACCACCAAUGAUUCGAAUCUUUUUGUCGAUCAAGAAAAGAGAAAGAAAUGGUCUGAGAAGCGAAAGAAACGUUUGAGACAAUUGAGAAAACUCGCGCGUGACGACUUUAUUGCCAAGAUUUUCCUCUUUACAUUUUUAUUGAAUAGUAUUAUUUUCUUGGCAUAUUGUGGAGUGUUUUUGAAUCGAUUGACAGGAGCAGAAACUUGGAAUGUUGGAUGUGCAGCCACAGUUCCUGUCUAUGUAGGAUCCUUCUUACUCAUUCUCUUUUACGGAAUUUUCAUUCUCAUCUUCUUUUAUCGAGUCAUGAGAUACGCUAAAGAAUCUUUUGGUAUUAAGGCAGAAUUAAUCACCAUUGUGGUGGUUUGGACUUUCUUCCUUUUAUGCUUUGUAUUGUUGAGUGUCAUUCCACAGUAUCAGGAAGGUCCAGAAUAUUCUUUCGCUUCAGCAUGGUUGAUUAAUAUUCCUCUUUUUAUUACAAACUUUAUUAGUGUGUGGAUUCCUCUGAUUAGAAGUUUCUUUUGGAAAAAUUCAGAAGGAAAAGGUCAUUCAAAAUCUCUGACAAGUUCAACAUUGAAAACUGGAGAUGAUCAUUUGGUGAAUCCUUCAAAAUUAACACAUGAAAAUAGCAUGAUUAUGGAAUUAUCGAGUGGAUCCUCAGCAUUGGAUCAUAACAGAAUUUUGAGUAUUUUAUAUCGAGAAGCUGGAAUUGUAAAAGGAAAGGACAGUGACUCUCAGAAUAUUAUUGAUUUGCGUAUUAUAUUGUUUGUCAUGUUCCAUGAUGAAGUUUGUCAAAAAUAUUUUAAGGAAUGGUGUGAAUUAGAGUUUUCUGCUGAGAACUUUUUAUUUCUUUACUUUGCUGAAAAAGUCUAUCAUCUAGUGCCAUCUCACACCUUAGAUGACAUUCAAAAGAAGCUUGCGGUAUUAGACAAGUUGAGUGACAACUUUAUUGUGAAUGGCGCACCAUUUGAACUCAAUCUAUCAGCAUUGAGAGAAACAAAAGAAUCCCCAUCAGGAGGUAAUGCAUUGAGAGAAAAUGGAGUGAUUGUAUCGGGAGUGGGGGCAACAACUGUCACACUCAACACGGCUAAGCCACGUGAUUCUGUCUUUAUUCAAGAGUGGAACGAAAAACACACCGAACAGUUGAAAACCAUUCUAGAUGAUGUGGAAAUUACAUGCAAUUACAAUUUGCAAGAUACUUGGUCACGUUUUAUUUUGAGCACAAAUUUUGUAGAGAUGGUGAAAGAGUUAAAAAAGUUUGAAGACGACAUGAAAAACAUUAACUUGGUCUAG